ACUCGCAAAUUCCCUCUCGAAAAUCUCUUCUCCCCCACAAACCCUCACCACCUCCCUCAAUCUCGCCUUUACAAAUUCCCACGCAUUAACCCUAUGAACCGGAUCCACCAUAUUCCAUUCCCUCUUCCUCUUAUCUUCCUGAGUCUCACCCUCAUAUACUUGUUGUUCUCCCCAUAUCAAAUUAUCUCCUCCAAUAUCAUCUCUUCCCGCCAUCAUCUCACUGAUAACACUCGUCCACAUCGCAAAGAAAUCCUGGAGUUUAGAAAGAAUAAUUUGCGUCAUUGGAGAAGGUAAUUCCAAAAGACGUGUCAGAGCCAGACAACUCAACUUUUGUCUGUCGAUGUUGGCCAUGCUGUCGAAAUGACGGAACCAUUCUUCACUUAACCAUUUCCAAAUAUUUUCAAGAUUAUUGUCGAUACUCAUGAGGAGAUUAGCGAAGACAUUUGGAUCUGCUAGUGCAAUGCGAGCCAGAAUGGUAAAGUAAUCUGUCUCAACUACGUCAUCCAACUUGGGAUAUUUACGCUCCGGACCAGUAGUUUGAUGAGCUUCCCAAGCAUCGCGAAGUCCCGAGAAUAUCUUUUCCGUAUAACCAGAUUCGUGGAGAUCUUUUGUGAUUUGUGUAACACCAUUGGAACCUCCUAAUUUUUCAGCAGCACGAAUUAAAUCCUCGACGGUUGUCGUGACAAGGCCGGCCAGAUCGCGCUUGGUAACUCCUAGUAAGCUGGUCAUAUACGAGAGAACUCGAAGUCGAUUCGCAUCACCCAGCAUAGCUUCUGGUGCCAAUAAAAUAUAUUCGUUCACGAUACCAAGAAUGACUCGAAGAUUAUCAGAACCAAGUUCAAGGAGAGGAAAUGCGCAAUCGAUGAGAGCUAGAACUUCGGGAGAUGCAGGUGAUGAUGACUGAGCGAGAAUUUGUGCCCACAAGUCAAGAGCUUCUUCCAUAAGGUAGACUUGCAUUUCUGAACCGGGUUCCACAGCGCGUUGAAUUAGAGGUAAUAUUAGUGAGUGGUAUCUUUCAGAUUGACCUUGCAUACAAGAUACAAGAGUAGACAUGAUUGUUAAUAUGGCCUGUUUGAGAAGAUGUUCUUCGCCAGAAGCUUCCCAAAGACCUGGUAAAAUAGAAACAAUUUGAUCUGCAUAUGGAGAGACAUGAGUUUCUAACCUGAUAGCAAUCAUUCUAAUUGUUUCCAAUAUUACCAAUUUUGUUUCCGUGUUCUCAACCUCUUGAAUCAAGGCCAUAGUGCGACCAAGAAUAUCAGGAGCAUAUGGAAGAAAAGGUUCAACGUGAAAUUCGAAAUCAUCGACAAUCGCCUUAAAUUGACGAGCUGCAGUAAUGCGAACGACAUGAUCAUUGGUUUCAUCUUCUGAUUUAAGUAGGUGUUGAAAGAUUUGAUAUACCAACGGUCUAUUAGCUUGUGAUAUUCUGACAGGAAUCCAUUGGCCAAGUAGAAUAGCAAUUCGUCGACGAAGUACCUUCCAGCUUUGACCGGUUUGUUGAACAUCAUUAACUAGAGUUGAAGUAAGGAAGGUAUCGAAGUCAAAGCUUUGAUGUAUAACAGCAGCAGAUAAUCCCAUGGCAGUAUACACAGCAUCCUUGGUGACAACGGAUUGCCCAUUACUACCUGUAACCGAUUGGAAGUAUUGUAAUAGUGGUGCCACUAGAAGAUCUUUGAAGUUGAUGACGAGGUCCAUGAAUAAUUUUUCCGCACAAGGUCGGACUUCAAAUUCCCAAGUAUCUCCACCACCUUCUUCACGUAUCUCCCAUUCAUCCUCAUCUUCUUCCCAAGCUUCCAAAUCAACUUGACGAAAGACGAAGAAUUUAGUAACGAUAACACUUGCCAUUUCGGCUAUUAAUUGUUCAGAAAGCAAUUGCGAUUUGAGGAAUGCUACAGCUUGUCGCUGUUCUUCUUUGACCUCGGGAGUUCGAUAUUUGAAGGAUUGUGUUGGACUAAAUACCAUCUUCAUACAAGCUCGCAAUAGAGUAAGACCUUUUAGACAUAGUUUUUCCAUGAUCGGUCUAUCUUGUUUUGAUCCAUCAUCAGUUGCCAACGCUUUGGCACUGAAAUCCUGUGUUGCUGAGCCAUAAGAAUCUCCAAAUUUAGAAACAAAUCCCCAAUAUCCUCUUACCAAAUCUAUAGAAUUAGGCAAGAGUGCGAACGCAGCAGGAUGUGUAUUUGACAUUUGGACAUGUAGUUUUGCAAAUUGUACGAGGUGCUUCUCAGCUAGUUCCUUAGCAGGUGAUGCCAAAACUGUGGAUUCUUCAUUUACUAUUGUGAGAAGUUGACCAAACUGUUGUUGCGAUUGUUGCCAUAUUUGUUGAACAUCUUUAUCAUGAUUUGGAAAUUCAUAACCCACAAUAAGAAGUCGUCGAAGGAUUUUGAUCGCAAUCAAACUGUUUUCCAUAGCAUUUAUAGAACCUCCUUGAUCAUCUGAAGAACUCCCAGAAAGUAAACCAAGCCAUUGUGAAACCUUUUGUGUAUAAAUGCCGCUCAACAAGAAUACCAUCUCCGGCGUGACUGACUGUAAGCUCGUUUGAGAUCUCCUUAAUCGGGCGGUAGCCAACUCUUUCACAAUCUGUAGCAAUAUCAACAUUCCUCUUUGUAGAUGAAGUUGGUUUGUUUCGUUUGCAGUUCGCAGCAUUCUAAUCAAAUUCGUAAGGACAUCCGGCCAAUCCAUAGGAUAAUCCACUCGGACUACUUUCGAAAUCACCAAGGCAUUUUGUAAAGCAAGUUGAGGAUCCGACUCUUCGAAUCCACUCUCUAGCAGAUGUGAUCGAAUAUUCUCUUUCUCUUCGGCAGUGAUAGCAUUUGGAGCUGUCUUUCGCCAAUAUUUAUCGAUACCAUUUUUCAACUGUAUGACCGCAAGAUAUCUUACUUCGGAGGGUAGGGACUUAUCGAGAUAUACUGCCUGAGUAAAGUAUAGUAUCCUCUCUGUGUCUUCCAAGCUUCUAGUUGUUGGGUCCCAGUUUGGAUAGCUAGCUGUUGAGAGGACCCUGCCGACUGCAAGGCUAGAUAUACCUGUUGAGGAUUUAGAGGAGCUGCCUCACCAGGAACUUCGAUCGCAAACGCCAUAACGAAAAGAUUUAAACUUUCACAAGAUGUCCAAGUAGGUAUGCAACGAUCUUCAAGAGACGAAAGAAAGUUGUGGUGUAGUAUUGAAACUGCGCCCCACCACGAGCUGUUUUUCUUGAGGGUCUCUAUUACACCGUAAGGUUAACUUUUUGUUCGAGCUUCUUUUUUUGAGUGACACUUCACUUCAGCCUCGUCAGUGUCAAAGCUCCACCAGGAUUCACCAAACAUGAGAUGCUAUCUAUUAUUCUCAACGUGACCUCGGGAAGCAAUGAUUGUACGAUAUUGAUAUUCGAGUUUCAUAUUGAAUUAUCGUUACUCAUCUCAUGUGUUUGUAUCAAAAUCAUCCAAAUUAUGUUCGAUUUUUUGAGGUUCGGAUUUGGCACCCAUAUCAUCAUCCUAGAACAUCUUUUGGACCCCAAUACGAGUUCCCCUCACCUCCCAUUGCUUAUGACGAUAUUAUACAUGAAUACCUAGGGUAUCAUCAGGUUACAUUUUAUCCAAGACCAGAAGAGGGAAUGAAACGAUUGUGAGGCCCUGGCAACAUCAACAAGAUUAAAUCACGUAUCAGUAUCUUCAUAAUUUCCUACCAUGACAUCUCUUCCUUCAACUUACAAAGCUCUACGCUUCAGCUCCCUUGCGGGUCCUCUUACCAUUGAGGAGCAAGAUAUCUCAUCACUUCAAACUCCGAAAACUCUCGUGAUAAAAGUUCAUUGUGCGUCUAUAAAUCCUGUUGAUACACAAUUAUGGCGUGCAGGCAUAGUAUCCGUAGUCUCUGGCUCAAAAGGCAUGGGUCGUGAUUUCUCCGGCACCAUUGUAGCCAUUGGAGAUCAGGUGAAAGGGAAUUGGUCUAUUGGAGAUGAAGUCUUUGGGUUGUUAUUUCAAGUUUUCGGCCAAGGAACUUUCAGUCAAUACAUUGCUGUUAAUCCAGCUUCAGACCCAGUGGUCAAAAAACCUAAUUGUCUAUCUCAUGAAGCCGCUGCAUCGAUUCCUCUCGUUGCAUUAACCAUGUUUGCGGCUUUGGAUUGGCUUCCCGCAACUAGAGGUAAUUCGCAGAGAAAAGUGAUUGUACGAGGAGCAUCAGGAGGAUGUGGUUCAUGGGCUGUUCAAUUGGCCAAAAAUCUCUACGAUUGUCACGUCACAGCCAUCUGCUCCUCUAAAAAUAUCGAGUAUGUCAAAAGUCUAGGAGCAGAUGAAAUAAUAGAUUACACCUCCGAACCAGUUCUUGAAACACUAAUCAACAGCAAGAAUACUUCAACAGAAUACGAUCUACUGAUAGAUUGCGUGGGAGGAACAGACCUCAUACCCUCCUACCAAACUCUCCUCCACCCCCACGGCGCCUACACAACCAUCGUCGGCGACAAAACCGACGUUAAAGGUCUCGGCGGACCCGUGACAUACUUCAAAAAUCCCAUCCAAAUCUGGCGUUACAUAUCCGGUUUCAUAUGGGGUCCUCGUUAUGCCGUGAUAUCUCUCCAUACCAAAUCCGAGUAUCUGGAAAAGAUAGUUGGAUUGGCUGAGAGAGGGGAGGUGAAAAUCGAGAUUCAGGAGGUGGUUAAGGAUGCGUUGAAUGAGGAGACGGAGGGAUGGAAGAAAGCCAUUGAGAUUAUUGAGAGUGCAAGGGUUAGAGGAAAGGUUGUUCUGGAGAUCUUGUGAUGUGGAGGAAUGAUUGUGAAUUAUUUGAUGAUGAUCUACUAAUUGACCCUAAUAACAUAGCUUUCAGUCCAGGAAUUGGAUCUAAUCUUUGGUCCCAACUGAGACGAAUCCCAUUUAUAAAUUCUGUUAAUCGCCCAGACUUAGAAUGUAUAACUUCAACAUGGGAAUCUAUACGUGCAGUAUGAUAACCGAAUACAUUCUGUUUGUUGAUGUAGUUGAGCUAUCCAAGUUUUGUAUAAAAAAUCUAAGCAUAUGAAUGCACAUUUGAAUUGGAUAACUCAGCUACAAUCUUCUACCUCUUCUUUCACUUCAAUCAAGCCAUAUCUUUCUUUUCUUCUUUGCACAAUCCAAGACCCCAAUUCUCCCCAUAUCUUCUCCUUUUCCGCAGGCGACAACGAUGCUGCCAGUCCAGAUGUACUAGAUGCCACAAAAAGCCUAGCUCCUCUCCAUGAAUCUUCACCCUUUAUAACUCCCAAAUUCUCUUCUUCCAAUUGCCACCCGUAUCUGAACUCAUCCUUUGCCAUAGCCCUUCCCUUCUUGACUCUCCACACACUCUCCCAAAUACCCUUCCCAACCAAUGCUACAACUUCCGGUCUAUAAACUCUAAUCUUCUCUUCCAACAAACUCACUCCCUCAUCCAUUUCUUUUUUUGACAACUCCCCUCCAUUCCUUGUAGGUCUUUCCACAAUAUUUGUAUUUCCCAAAGAAUAUAACUCUGGUAGUUUUACAUCAUCCUCCGCCUUCAAAAGUCGAGUGGUACAACCUGAUGAAUAGAGUAUUUUCCAGAAACGAUUGGAAGGAUGUGCAUAGGCGUGGCCAACUUGAGCGGUCAAUAAACCUGGGUUGAGACCUACGAAAAGACACAGAAGAUUAGGUGCUAUGACAUCGGGGAGAAACGAGAGAUGCGCGUAGUGGGAUGGAGGUUUGUAGCCUCCGCCAGCGCGGGAACGACGUUUUUUGGCUGGAGAGGGUUUGCUUGAUGGUGUAGCGGAAAUUGACUCGAGCCUUCGUUUUAGGGGAGAAGGGGUUGCGUUUGCAUACUUAGGAACUUCGACGGGGCGCAUUGUAGGUGAUUGCCUCUUUCGAACACUUGUUGGUAUAGGCGAAGUCAUAGGGGAGGGCGUACAAUCGCCACGCAGCUCCAUUUUAAUGAGUCGAUCGUGCUGCUCACUCAUUCCUUCAGGGGAAUUCCGCCCAGCUUCAUUACAUGACAUUCCAUCUUUAUGAUUCCUAUGUUCAUGCGUUCCUUGCUCGGGCGAUUUGCAAUUCCAAGCUUCCAACCGGUUGCUUUCGAAUUCUGAUCGAAAACCUGCCGUGACAUCGGGAGCGUCUGUACAGAAUUCCUGCUGUAGAGGAGAAAGAGAUGAUUGUGAGGUUGAUGAUUUUGACAGAAGAUCCCGGGGAGUUAUUCGGGGAUUCUGUCGGCGAGGGCGUGGAGGUGGAUUUGGGGAGUAUGUGAAUGAGGAGAGAUUCAAUUUGCCUUGAAAGCUUGGUGCUGUUAUGUUAGGUGCAGCAUCUGCUUCUAUCUCUGCCUUUUUGAAGUAUUUGGAGUUCACUUGUUUACCCAUAUUUUUGGGCAAUGGAUAUGAUGUUAGGGUUGUGAUGAGUAUUCGAAUAGAUGUACAAAAUAAAUCUGCCGGGUCAGCAUUUUAAGUAGAGAAUAGCAAUGACGUCUGUUGAAACGACGAAUUCUCCAGAAGAGUUAUUACCAUAAUUGCGACACAAAUAGAAGUAACAUGAAAAUACUCGUAAUUGUUGCGUGCAUAGCUUUUUAAUAUCCUCAACAUACCGACAAUGCAUGGAGAAAAAUCCAAAUGCGUCGUGUCGUUUACAGAAGAAAGAAAA